GGGAGGGCGGGCUUCACUGCCAGCCUCGCAGCACCCGGAGCGCGCUGGCCUCCUGAGCAGGGCGCGGAGCACGCAGCCCAGAGCCGGCAGCCGGCCGUCGCCUGCCCUCGUGUCCUGGGCGGCUGUCGUGUUCCUGGAGAGCGUGUCCAGCCAUGGAGCCUUUGCAUAAAGACGCCGAGACUGCUGCGGCGGCGGCGGCGGUGGCGGCAGCAGAUCCUCGGGGGGCGUCGUCGUCCAGCGGGGUGGUCGUGCAGGUUCGAGAGAAGAAGGGCCCCCUGCGCGCCGCCAUCCCCUACAUGCCCUUCCCGGUGGCUGUCAUCUGUCUCUUCCUCAACACUUUCGUGCCGGGAUUGGGUACGUUCGUCUCCGCCUUCACUGUGCUGUGUGGGGCCCGCACUGACCUCCCAGACAGGCACGUGUGCUGCGUCUUCUGGCUGAAUAUCGCUGCGGCCCUAAUUCAGGUGCUCACGGCCAUCGUCAUGGUGGGCUGGAUCAUGAGCAUCUUUUGGGGCAUGGACAUGGUCAUCCUUGCCAUCUCCCAAGGGUACAAGGAUCAAGGUAUCCCACAGCAGCUGUGAGCCUCCAGGACCUCCCGGAGAAGUUCAAGGUCCUGUGAGGGUUGCACCAGGUGGCUUUGGGCACAAAGACCUUCACGUGUUCCCUUCUGCCAUUUCUCAGAUUGGGGUGGAAAGGGAGUAUUUCAAAAAUAUUAUUUACUUUGAAGAACACACCUGCUUUUCUCAGCAGGGUCUGAGGCCAACUUCUCUCCCUGCCCCAGAAGUGCAUGGGAGGAACAGGGCCAAAACUUGAGGACUGGGCUAGAGGCCGGAUAUUGACCAAGCACCAGAGUGCUGGGCAAUGCUAAUCCAACUGCACACUGCACAGGCACCCAGGCCUGUCAGGAUGGGCUGCAGUGGGCACUGUGCAGAUGAUUGGGCACUCUCCCAGGCAUUAGGACUUCAUGGAACACUUCCGCUGGGUCCUCAUCCCUUUGCUCAGCCAUGUGGUCCCCUGCAUCUGCUCUGUGGUCUCCCAGGGGGCAGUAUUAGGGCAGAGGUUACAAGGUGGCCAGGUGGUAGCCUAGCGUGGGAAGGUCCUUGGGUCCCCACAGGUGUCUGAUGACACCCCAGCCUUUCAGUUAAUGGCUGUGUGUGAUCUCUGCUUCCCAGAGGCUGGGGUAGCACCAGCUCCUGCGCUGGGAUGAUAUUGCUAGAAUUUCAGAUGCCUGUAUGCAAAAUGGCCAGACUGAGUUGUGAGUGACUGCAGACCAGCAGCCUUCUUGGAUGCAUUUACUACUGUUUCUGGUCCCCUCUCCUUCUGACGUCCACAUGUUUCUGAAUCCAGAUGGUUUGGUUUGAGGAAGGUGAUGGCAUCCAUUCAUUGCUAUUUCCUAACACCAGAGCUGAGUCUGGGCUUCCCACCCACCACCAAGCAUGUGGAUAUCUCUAGAGAGUCCUGCGAAUAGGCAGAUGCCUUGGGACCCAUGAAAGGUAAAUACCCUGGCCUGUUCAGGUCUCCUGAGCAAGUCCCAGGGGACAUCGGAGACUCAUCUGUAUUUGAAGUGUGGAAAGAGUAACAUCGUGAGGGGGACUGUAUCCAACCUGGAAUUCAUACAUGCUGCAAGAAGAUGUGUUGUGAGGCUGAAGCUGUUGGCAUGACGUGUGGACCUUUGUGCCUCUUCCAGAAGCAAACCUAGGAGUGAUGCACCAGUCCAGAGCUAGAUCCUUACUAGAGGGAGAAACCAACAGAAGGUUUGCGGGCACCAGUCUGAAAUGAAGAGAAAGGCGAUCCAAAAUUACAGUGAUGGUGUGGCUA